GGAUUCUGCAUACACUCAAAGGAAAAGCUUCUAGUCUACAAAUACAUGUCAAAAGGCAGUCUUUAUGAUUGGCUACAUCUUGAAGAAGGUGAGGCAAGAUUCAUGGAGUGGCCCUUAAAGGUUAAAAUUGCAAUUGGAGCAGCAACAGGCCUAGUUUGGCUCCAUCAAGGGUGCAAUUUUCAUGUUUUCCACCUUGACAUUAGCUCCAAGUGCAUCUUACUUGAUAAGAAUUUUGUUCCCAAGUUUUCAAACUUUGGAGAGGCAAUGCUCAUGAAACCAUAUGGCAUUGAUUCAACCAAAAGCUUCUCACUUAAUACUGAGUUUUGGGAAUCAAGCUUUGCUAAAGAGGAUGUCUAUUGCUUUGGAAUUUUGCUUCUUGGGCUGAUCACUAGGGAGGAUCCUAGAAGCAUAACAACAAACUCAAACACUAGCAAUGAGACACUCAACAAUUGGGUUACACAUCUCUCUGCAAGCUCUAACUUCUAUAGCAUUGUCAAUAAAUCGCUGAUGGGGCAAGGAUUUGAUCAGGAAAUCUUCCAGUUUCUGAAGGUUGCAUUGGAUUGUGUUCAACCAUAUCCAGAUCAAAGGCCAACAAUGCUUCAAUUGUACAAAAAACUAGCUGCUAUUGGUAAGAGACAUGGCUUCUCAAUUGACUCUUGAGGUAUUGACACACCAUGAAAAAACCUCAACACUCAGAAGAGAUGAAAGCAAUGAAGAUGAAAUCAUAGAGGUUUAAAGAUACUGCAUUUAUCAUAUUAUGAUAGAUAUAGCAAUUCUACUAGUCUCAUGUCAUGAGGAGUUUUUUUCUAUUUUUCCUUUUCACUUUGUAAAAGUAGCAGAUGUUAGAAUUCUAGCCUAUUUUUCAGGACAUCCUGAUCUUGACGUUUUUAAAUGUCAUGGUUUAGUUAGGAUAUUUAAGUCUUUUUAAUUAGUUUUCCCUUAUCUCAUAUAAUAAUAUAACUAUUUCUCUUCA